AUGUAUCGUGCGACUCGAGCACGUUUAGGCCUUCGAUGGCCUAGACAUCAGUUACGAUUCUCACAGAGAUCUUAUGUAACCGAUGUUGAUGUAGAUAAGGCAAGGCAGUAUUGUGUUGCACAGCUGAGACAGUCCGACUACGAUUCUUAUUUAAUUCGGAAUAUUCUACCUAAACAGAGACAGGAUGCUUAUGAUGCGUUACGAGCUUUUAAUCUUGAGCUGGUUCGGCUUCCAGAGCUUGUAUCAAACCCCACCAUUGGUUUGAUGAGGAUGCAAUUCUGGCGGGAUGCUGUUAACAACACAUUUGCCGGCAAACCCCCAAAAGAACCUAUUAUGAUCUUAUUGCAUAAGGUUAUCUCGGAGCUUACUGAGAUGGGUGGCACUCCAAGCUCUAUCAAGUUCUGGUUACUGCGCCUGAUUAAUACUCGGGAACAGUAUAUGGAUAAUAAGCCGUUCACUAGUCUGGCUUCAUUAGAGGAGUACGCAGAGAACACAUACUCAACGCUGAUGUAUUCGAAUCUAGCAGCACUUUCUAUUAAUUCCAUGCAUAUGGACCAUUUAGCUAGUCAUAUCGGAAAAGCAUGUGGUAUUGUGGCUAUCCUUCGAGGCGUCCCGGUUUUAGCAGCCCCCUCGCCGCCUGUUAAAUCACCUUAUGGAGCUAGUGUAGGGAAUGGUAGGAACCCAGUCCUAUUACUACCGCUAGAUGUCAUGGCGGAGACGGGUUUGAAAGAGGAAGAUGUCUACCGAAAUGGCCCUCGUGCGGAUGGUUUCCAAGAUGCUGUCUUCAAAGUCGCGACCCGGGCUAAUGACCACUUAAUCACUGCAAGAGAGAUGUUGAAAAACCUCCGCGCGGGGCAAAGCCCUGGCCAUGAAUACGAACACCAUGGCGAAGAGCAACAUGAAUACCCGUUAGCGACUCAUGGAGACGAUGACACUAAACGAGACCUCCAACGAGGAUUUAACGUCAUGCUGGAAGGCAUCCCAGCUAGCGAUUACCUGACAAGGCUUGAAGCCCAGAACUUCGAUCCCUUUACAGUGAGCAGCAGUUGGAAACUUCCGUGGCGGUUAUGGAGAGCAAUAAAGACGAGACAAAUUUAA